UUUUUUUGUAACCAUUGACAACAAUAAUAAUACAAUAUACAGUAAUGCAUAAUGUACAGUCUAUGUUGGGCAGGCGCUACAUUUUUCAUUCAUUCUUUUGGGAGCGCUUAUGGCACAUCUGUGGAGGCGGGGUCACGUGAGCGACCUCAAAUGCAAUGUGCCCCUGUUGGCUUGGAACCAGAACCAGAACCAGAACCAGAACCGGAACUGGCUGCCACUUUCCUACAAGAACAUUUUUGGGCCCGGAAAAAAAAAAAAAAAGAAAAUAGCACCGAAGUCAGCAGAGUUCACAUUCCGGUUGACAAAUCAGAGUCAAAAAACAAACGUUUGGCUUUGUGAACGUUUCUCCCGCUUGUUGUUCAUUUGGCAGACUGCGACGAUGACUCCCGUGGCGCAUCUGUGUCUCCUGGCGCUCCUGCUCAGCUCCGUCGGCGGGUCCAGCCUGGACGCCAAGAAGGUCCCGUUUGAGAAUGUGGUGCUGGAGGUGCAAGAGGCCACGCCCGUGCCCUACGCCCUCUGCCAGUUCCAGGUGAGCCACCCGGGCGUGGACGCUUUCCGGCUGAAUGGCGAAGGCAGCGACGCCAUCAAGAUCUCAGCCGACGGUUGGCUGUACUUGGACAAACCUCUGGACUGGUCGCCCAACGACAACUACCUUGUCGCGGUGGAGGCGUUGGCGCACGACGAGGUCGCCGAGGGGCCGAUUUACGUGACCCUGAACGUUCUGGACGUCAACAACCACGCGCCGUACUUCAACCAGAGUUACUACACCGCCGUGGUCCGAGAGAAGACUCCGGCAGGUGUCCCCUUCGCUCGCGUGUUUGCGUUGGAUCAAGAUGACCCCAACACUCCCAACGCCCAGCUGACCUACAGCCUGGUCAGCCAGAUCCCCAACCGACACAACACGGCGCUCUUCCAGGUGGACCCCGAAACGGGCGAGAUCUCCGCCAGCAAAGAAGGCGAGCACGAGAUCGAGGCCAGAGCGACGAUCCGCUUUGACGACGGCGACAACGCGCUCAUGGCGAGGUUCAAGGACUACUGCCCCUCGCCGAGCGUCCCCUACGAAGAAAACCCUUUCUUCACCUGCGUGGAGAGAGCAGAGACCAGGCGCCGGAACCUGGACCCGCUGGAAGACCCGGACUACACGUUAAUCGUGAAGGUCCAGGACAUGGGCGGCGCGUCCGAGACGGCGCUGAGCGGCAACGCCAGGGUCCACAUCGCCGUGCAGCCCAACCUGUGGGUCAGCCCCGGCACCAUCACCAUCCAGGAGCACCUGGAGGAAAACUACCCUCAAGUUAUCGCCAAGGUCCAGUCCAAUGAGCCCGGCGCCAUCUACAGGCUUGUGCAGAAGGAUCGAGAGCUGAGGUUCCCGUUCCAGAUCACGCAAGAUGGAGAAAUUCUGCUUACGGAGGAGCUGGACAGGGAGGAGAAGGACAUGUACAUCCUGGCGGUGAUGGCCGAGGACGAGGACGAGAACCAGAUGGAACCUCCCUUGGAGAUCCAGGUGGUGGUGGAGGACGUGAACGACAACGCGCCCGAGUGCGCCCAAGACGAGACCGUCCUCGAGGUCCAGGAGGACGAGCCUGUAGGCAGCGCGAUCGGACAACUGGACGUCCACGACGCCGACGAAGCCGAGACCUUGAACGCCCUGCUGACGUACGCCAUCGUCUCCCAGCGGCCGUCCACCUCGCCCGAAGCCUUCGCCGUCGACGCCGCCUCCGGGCGAAUCCAGGCGCUGCGCUUGCUGCGGCGCCGAGACCAACAGGUCUACAGUCUGGACGUCAGGGUCAGCGAUCCAGCGUACAGUGUCAUCUGCAAGGUCGUCAUCAAGGUCAUCGAUGUCAACAACGAAGUGCCCGUGUUCGAACAGAAUGACUACGGCAGCUUGACGGUGGCCGAGGACGCCGCCGUGGGCCAGACGCUGCUCAGCGUCAGGGCGUCCGACGCCGACGACGCCGACACCGGCAGCUCCUUCGUCGAGUUCCACAUCUCGGCCGGCGACGACGACCAAGCGUUCGCCGUGGAAACGGACGGAAAAGGCGUCGGCCACGUGGUCAUCGCCAAGCCUUUGGACUUCGAGAGCUCGCCCUCCUACAAGUUGAAGAUCGACGCCCGCAACCCGGAGCCUCUGACGAGCGGCCUGGAGUACGGCCCCGAAUCCAGCGCCUUCGUCUCGGUGUCGGUCGACGACGUCGACGAGGCUCCGGAAUUCGGGCCGGACGUCUCGGACGUGGCCGUGGCCGAGAACGUCACCGGGGGGGCCGUGCUGCUCACGGUGGAGGCCCGAGACCCCGAAGGGAAAGACAUCCGGUUCAAGCUGGAGGGCGACGCCGCGGGCUGGCUGGAGAUAGACGAAGCCACGGGACAAAUCAGGACCAAAGACAAGCUGGACAGAGAGACUAUGGAGACCUUCGACGUCACCGUCACCGCCUACGAGAAGGACAACCCCGACAAGUUCAACCAGCGCGUGGUGUCGGUGAGGCUGCUGGACGUGAACGACAACAGCCCCAAACUGACGGAGACGCACGCCUUCAUGUGCCUGCAGAAACCCGAAGAGGUGUUCCUCAGGGCUCAGGACCGGGACGCCGCCCCUUUUUCGGAGCCCUUCACGUUCGCCUUCGCCCACGGCAAGAAGUCCCACAACUGGGAACUGCAGACCGUCGACGGCGCCACGGCGAAGCUGAUCCUGAAGAAAACCCCCACUGAGGACAGAACCUUCUCUCUGAACAUCAACAUUAAAGAUAACGCAGGAAUGGGGGUCACGCAGUCCUUCGAGGUGCAAGUGUGCACGUGCACGGAGUUGGGCUACUGCUACGUGGCGCCGGCCGAGCACGACUUCAAAUACGGACCGGGACUCACCAUCGGCAUCCUGGUGGGGGUUUUGGGAUUCUGCGUUCUGGCCUUCAUCGUAGCGGCCAAGCGCUCCAAAAAAGGCGGCAAAAUCAGCGACGAGGCGGAGAGGAACGCCUUGAUGUAGACACCAGCGCGCGUUUCUGCUUCUUUUCAUGGCACGCGAGGACUUCCUUUCUUUGGACACUGAGAAGAAAAAGUUUGCCUCGUUGCCGCCAGUCGUCAUUUUUUUCUUCUUGAGAAUGUUGUGUUUGCUACAUACAUAUAAAGCUUCAUGAAUAAAUUAAAAGACGUGAUUAAAUGUU